UUUCCUCUCUCAGAUUUUUCUCUUUUUUUCUCAUUGUCGAAUACUUAGUCCUCUCAUCUCCUUCCACUUCCACCUUCUCUCGAGAAACCGUAUGAGCUAUCGACAGUGAUCCUUCCUCAAACGUAAGGCGAUCGAUUUUUCUUCUGGGGUGGUUUCUGGUUUGUUCUGUCGAAUCCGAGCUCUGAAUUCUUCUGCUCGAAGCGACUCCGAAGUUCGGAUUCCGUUGUAACGCCCACCAAGGAGCUUGAGCUUGUGUGGGUUGGUCAUUGGUGUUGAAUUGAGGGAAUGCGAAGUAGAUAAGGUUCUGUUUGUCUCUGUGAGGGAAACCGGAAGCUCAGUUCCGUUUCCGUUUGUUUGUUAACCAAUAAGUCUAGGAUUUUGAGUGAAUUUGAUCAUUCAUGGAGCGGAUUUCGUGUUUCGAUAGCAGAUCUGAAGGUUGCAAGGAUGAUAAGCAGGAAAUGGCGGAAGAUAGCUUUGAAUUCGGUGACGGAAUAUUAAUGACGGAAAAUCUUCUACAAGAAGCAACCGUUCCAGGGAGCUCUUUCACCGCUCUUCUCGGACUCCCGGCGAAUCAAGCUAUGGAACUCCUCCAAGAUCCUCUUUCCGGCAAACCUCAGACGGUUAUCGCCCCGGAGAUGUGGAGAGAUAGCCGGAGUGGACAGGAGGACAUGCGCUACACAUUCAACUGCUCUCCAACCUUUCCUACCGACGCCGCUCUUGUCGAACGAGCGAGCAAGUUCUCAGUCUUCGCUGCCGCACAGAACUCGACUGACAAGUGCCCUGUUCCUUCGAAUUCAAACGAGAAUUCGCUCAAACCGAAGAGCGAGCCCGCCGAUUCCGAGUCAAACCCGAGCUCCUGCCUGGUUUCCUCCGAUCCCGCAACGCCGAGCGAGAACCAGGCGUCGACGAAGCGGAAGGAGCGAGAAAAGAAGGUUAAGGUCCCUGCUAAAAGGAGCAAAAACGUGGAGAAUGAGAGUUCGAAAGCAGGCGAAGCGAAAGACGGCGAGAAGCUUCCUUACGUUCACGUUCGAGCUCGUCGUGGCCAAGCAACUGACAGCCACAGUUUAGCAGAAAGGGCGAGGAGAGAGAAGAUAAAUGCUCGGAUGAAGCUCCUCCAGGAACUGGUCCCAGGCUGCAGUAAGAUUUCUGGUACGGCGUUGGUGCUGGACGAGAUAAUCAACCACGUACAGUCUCUACAGCGCCAAGUGGAGUUCUUAUCAAUGAGACUCGCUGCGGUUACCCCGAGGAUCGACUUCAGCCUCGACAGCUUUUUCGCCGCAGAAAGUGGAUGUGUAACGCCCAGUAGCUGCCCCAGCACAGUGACGUUUGAGCCAUUGAUGUGGCAGCAACAACAGAAUCAGCCUCUAUGGGAGGGUGACGUGCUCCAACGACAGAUGUGGGAAAGAGAUGACAGCCAUAGCUUCCUUGCACCGGAGAACUUCCUUUUCAGUUACAACUCAGCAAAUUCAGUGCCUCUGAGCUCGAACCACCUGAAAAUGGAACUAUGAAGCCGGAAUGGAGCCUGGUGGCUGCUUGGUAUUGGUAGUGUACAUAAUGGAUAUAUUAUUAGCAGCAGGUAGCAGGGUAGUGAAGAGGAGCAGUCAGCAACUCAGCAUUCCUUGGGGUUUCGAUGUUUAUGCGGUGUUGGCAGAGACAUCCAGAAAACCCUAAUUUUUCAUCAUGUAGGGGAGCUAAAGAAAUAGAAGAGAAUAGAUAAUUCGAUUCCAUAAAUUUUAUAUAUAUGUCUAAAUCUAAUUACUAACUGGGUCAUUCAAUCUUCUACUUAAAUUUCAUUUGUGAGAUGAUUGAUUGAUUCAUUGUAUAAUUUGGAACAAGUUGUUGCUUGAAUAUUAUUAAAAUCGCCUCUCUUUCCUCCUAUUUAUUUUCA